ACAAAACUUGACGUGUGAAAAAAAAGAACUGUCAACUGACUGAUGGCGGGAAAACGCGCGCGCGCCUAACGAAAUUCGAAUGUUCUUCGUUUGGAAUUAUUUGUGUAAAUAAAAAAAAAUAAGUGAUACUAUGUCGUGUACUAAAAAGUGAAUUUAUGAAUUGUCACAGAACGGAAGUGCCCACCUCAAACUUUAUGUAUGAGUUAUUCAAAUCAUUGGAUAAAUUUACUUUUGCUUAUGGCAAUUAAAAUGGUGCUGUGUGGAGCAGUGGCGGGCGCAGGCGACGUGGUGGGCAACGCGAGCCGCGUGCGCCGCGCGCCGCAGCCGCACCACGCGCACCGCCUCAUGACGGACGAAGAAAUGGACGCCACAGCAGCGUGGAAGCGGUCGCACUGGCGCGAGAUGCAGUCGAUCCUGCGGCGGGAGGGCUCCCAGCGCGACGUCGUCGAGUGCUGCCCGUCCGUACUCGAGAUGGUCGCCAAGAAAGGCGGCAGAACCCCCACAGGCCUCUACGUCGAGCUGUACGAGGACGGUGAGAACAAGCAGCGGCUGUACGAGCUCUCCUGCGCUCCCGACGUCGUCGACAAGCCCUGCCGCUUCGUUGACGCCAGGCUCUACAACCAGUCGAGGUGUGUACAGAAGUACUCGUACUCCUACGCACUAGUCCGGUACUCUUCCGCCACAGAAAUGCCGCAGAGACACCGGCCAGAAGGACACUUCUCCGUCCCCGGGUCCGGCGGAUGGUCCAUGGACUACGUUACAGUUAGGGCCGGUUGCGAGUGCCAAAUAACCCCGCCUAAACGCAAGAGCGCGCAUAGAAAACGCCUCGAGAGGCACCGGCAGAGGAAGAAAAACAGACGCCUGGAAGAGGACGAUGACACUUGAUUUGUGAGUGCUAUGUGCUUACCAGUGGACUUUGAACAAAUUGCGGUAUUCCCGAUAGAUUUAAGUGAGGUGGCGUGCCGGAGUGUUUGGUUCUUCGUCAAAACACGCAUGCACGCAUUGUUGUAAACAGUAUGAAACUAAACCCUUGUCUAAAAAAAGCUAGUUUUGUUAUAUUUUUGCUAUUGUUCAAAUAAUGUUAUAAUAUGUUGGAAUAUUAAAUAGUGAGUAAUAAGGCUCAGACGCUCCGGCACGUCAGCGAAAUCAUGUUACCGAUUCUAUCAAGUCAGAUGUAAGCUUGGUUGUUUCUACAAUCGGUACACGUAUUAUUCUAUGUAUUUAUUAUGAAUCGUCUAUUUAAUUACGCUUUUCGUUGUAGUCUCGUGGAAUUUGUAAUAUAAUUGUGGAAUGAGUGCCUUAUCUUUGUGCCUUAAUAUAUCGAAAUACGUAAUUUGCUACUUUUACACUUUAUUAUUAAUUGUAUAAACUUUUUUUUUAAUCUGUAUUGUUUACUUUUAAUUGGAAUAUUGAGAAAUGUGCUCGUAAAAAUUAUCAGGCGCAAAGUUUUAUGAGGAUUUUAAUAUGAGAUACUUUAUAAAACAAACAAGCAGUACUUUAAAGUAUAAUCAAAAGAAAGAAUGAAAAUUACGAAUAUAUUCAUAGUGAAGCAACUUCUUUCCACUUUUUGUAAUGCUCUCUUAAAAUUUUAAGAAUAUUUAUUAAAAGUAACAUUUCGUAUGAAACAUCGUUGUACUUCCCGCGUAGAUUAAGUGCGUCCAGUCAAAGAUCUGUAUUAUUUUCUAUUUUGUAAUACUUUUAUUGUAUUUAAAUUAGAUUAAGGAUUGAUACAUUUAUUUAUAUUGUGUAAUACGAGGUAUUCCGACAUUCGCGAUGUUUAACUGUGUAAAAAUGGCUUCCAUAUAUGUAUAUAAUAUUAUAAUAAAGCAAUAGUAUUGUGGACUGAGAUUAUUUUUGUGCAUUUAGAAUUAAACUCGAAAUUAUCAAUAGUAAAUAGUAUUUGUAAUAACGCCAUCUAUCAGCGAGUAGACGUAACUAUAGUUCUAACAGUGUAUAUAGAUGGCGCCUCUAACAACAAUACUUUUUAUUACUAGCAACAUCACGUAACAGUGCCAUGUAAUUUUUACAAAAUGUAAGUCAAUUAUUUUAUAAAAUGUUAUAAAUGUAAACUUUUAAAAAUAGUAUUAUCUCUUGUUGAAUUUAAUGACUGUACUUACGAAAUCCUACUCAUAUCAUGAUGAAGUAUUUCAUUAAUUACUAAACGGUGAACUAAAAAUAUAUAACGUACGUUAUUUUCAAAUAAAAAUAUGAGUUGGAUACAAUCUGUUACUUAUUGACAAAAUCAUCUGAAAUAUAAUUGUUAAAUGAAACGGAAAUUAAAUGAAAUAAAAUAUGAAAUUGUA